AUGUUCAUCUCGCAGGUAUUUAUUUUGUCGCCUCGCGGGGACAAACUUGUUUUUAAAGACUACCGGCAGGACGCCCCUCGCAAUGCCGACGAACUCUUUUUUCGCAAGUACAUGUUCUGGGACGGGGCGCAGCGACAUGCGCCAGAGGGAGACUGCCCGCCGUUCUUCAUUGAAAAGCACGUGAACUUUUGCUACGUCAAGCGACGCGAGCUCCUCUUUGUGUGCACGUCUAUGGUGAAUGUCUCGCCCAGCCUCACCUUGGAGAUUCUGCUUCGAAUCAUCAAGGUGAUUAAGGACUACUUGGGCGUUCUCUCGGAGGAGAGCAUCCGCAUGAACUUUACCCUGGUGUACGAGCUGCUGGACGAGAUGCUUGACGUUGGGGUGCCGCAGGAGCUCAACGCCGAGCGUCUUCGGCCGUACAUCUUCAACGAGGUGGCUCUCGUGGCGAAUCCAGAUGCUCCCACAAGGAACUCGUUCCUGGAGCGUCUGCGGCGCGGCGAGUUUUUGGAGCGGACGCGCCGGGGUGAUGCCGCUCUCAAUUCCAUACUGAAGGCCUCGAGUGAUCGGAAGAACGAGAUAUUUAUCGACAUUUUGGAGCGGCUCAAUGUGGUGUUUGACAGCGCGGGGCAGGUGGUGUUGUCGGUUGUGGACGGGGCCAUCGUCAUGAAGAGUUUUCUCGCCGGCACUCCCUCGCUGCAUUUGCACCUCAACGAGGACUUAGUGGUGGGGCGGGGCGACGCCGGCAGGGAGCGGUACGCAUCCGUAGUGCUUGACAGUGUGAGUUUCCACGAGGAUGCCGACUACUCUGGCUUUGAGCGUGAGCGACAACUGUCGAUUCGGCCGCCGGAAGGAGAGUUCACGCUGAUGAACUACGGGCUGAGUGGAAAGGGCACGCCGCCGUUUCGGCUUGUACACGCCAUAGAGCUUCUAUCUAGCCACCGCGCGGAGAUGACACUGCAGAUACGGGCAGACCUCCCUGUCUCAACGCACGGCAUUGCUGUCCGUGUCAGUGUGCCCAUGCCCUUGACCUGCACCGCCGCUAGCGUAGAGUUGUGUUCCGGAGCCACAGAACAGACGUACGACUACAAGGAGGAAGCGAAGUGUGUUGCCUGGAGCAUCGCAAAGUUCCCUGGCGGAACGGAGCAGGUGUGCAAGAUUCGCUUCUCAACCUCCUCACCCAUCACCGCCGCAACAAGGCGUGGCAUUGGCCCGAUAUCAAUGCAGUUCGAGAUUCCACAUUAUAGUGCCUCAGGACUCUGCAUCAGAGUACUUCGUCUCGAGGAGCGCAGCAGCUCCUACAACCCAGCGCGCUGGAUUCGUAACGCGACCCUUGCAAACUCGUAUGUGUUUCGUAUACAUUGA